AUGAUAUCGGAUAAUCAUAUGACAACAUCCGAAAUGGCAAAGGCUGCCUUGUUGGUAUCUGCAACAAAUGAAUCUAUUCCUACUACAUUGGAUAAGGAGGAUGAUACUAGUACGAGUACAACAUCAACUACGACAACUACAACUAGUAACAACAACAACAACAGUACUUUAAACCAUGAAGAGAUUAAAAGAAAUUUGGACUCGUUGUCAAUAAAUGAAACUACUACAAGUACAACAUCUACAACUACUACUACUGCACCUGUUGUAGUAAAGGAACAACAAUUCUUUUCAGUCAAAUCAUUUGAAUUCAAGGGUAAAAGAAAAUGUAUAGUUACACAGAGAGAGAAUGGACCAUGUCCUCUGAUUGCCAUCAUAAACUUGCUAUCACUCAAUGGUAAAAUUAAUGUACCAGAAGGUGCACCUGUCACUUAUGACACAUUGAUUACUAGAAUUGGAUCAUAUCUAUUAGAAUCUUCUCCAAAUUUUGAAGAUGAAGAAAUGCAAAUAGAUCAUGAAAUUAAAAUGAAUCAUGCUAUUAAUAUAUUACCAUCAUUAAUUAAUGGUUUGAUUUUAGAUAUUAAAUUUACUGGAAUUAGAGAUUUUGAUACAUCGUGUGAUACAAAUAUUUUUGAAGCAUUAAAUGUUGAUUUGGUUCAUGGAUGGUUGGUUGAUCCACAAGAUGUAGAGUUGACAUCAGUGAUUGGACAAAUGACUUAUAACCAAUUGACCGAUAAAUUAUAUAUCAAAGAGAAUGGUGGCGGUGGUGGAAUAAACUCAAGUAACGGAACCAUUAAUAUUGUAAAUAAUAGAAAGAUGGAUAGUGUUGGUGACGGAUCAAUGCCAUUGGGAAUACCAUCAACCUCACCAUCAAUGACAACUUCUACCACCUCUACAACUUCUACUAGCAACACCACCAACAACACCAAUAAUCUCUAUCCAUCAUUUAAAGAUGAGGAAGAGGAUAGUUAUACGAGUGGAUUUUCAAAUACAGAAGAUUUGGCCAAUGACAUUAGAAUUGCACAAUUCCUAAAAGAUACAUCCUCUCAAUUAUCCUACCAUGGUCUAUGUGAGUUACAUACUCAAAUCAAGGACGAAUCGUUGGCUAUCCUAUUCAGAAACAACCAUUUCAGUACUAUAUAUAAAAAUGAAAGUGGUAUAUAUAUCUUGGUCUCUGAUGAAGGUUUUAUCAACGAACCGGUGGUUUGGGAAAAGUUGAGCCAAAUCAAUGGUGACUCUGACUUUUUAUUGUCAGACUUUUCAAUCUAUAAAAAGCUCGAUCCCUAUUCCACCUUUACUUCCAAUCCUACCACCUUUCCACAUCCAAGCGUUCAAACUACUGCUUCUGUUUAUUCUUCACCGACACCACAACUACAACAACAAAAAUCAACUGCUCUUAGUCAAUCAAAUAACAAAAAUAAUCAAGAUUUAAGUCAAAGUAAUAAUAAUAAUAAUAAUCAAAAUAAUAAUGAAAAUAUAAAUAAUAACGUAAAACAACAACACCAAGAAGAUCAAGCUCCACCUCCAAUUAAUCCAGAUUUUAUGACAGAUGAAGAAUAUGCUAGAUAUCUUCUAAGUCAACAAUCAGUUACAACUGAAACAAAAAAUGAUUAUCAACUUGCUUUAGAAUUACAACAUCAAAUCAAUCAAAAACCACAAAAAAAUAAUAAUAAGAAACCAAAAGAAAAAAAAGAAAAGGAUAAAACCAAAGAUUGUUUAAUCCAAUAA